AUGAUCGCACCCAUAGUGCUUCUUCGUUUGUCGACAUUGUCUCUCCUGUGCAAUUUAGUGGCAGUUUUGGGAGCCAAACUGAACCUGGAUGUCCUGCCAAAACCGCUAUCGUGGACGGUCUCGCCCUCCGGAGCGGUCUUCGACCUCAAACGCCCCUUGUCCAUCGUCGUCGAUAGCGCAUUUGCCUCGGAAUCGACCAACUCUACCCUCAGCCUGAUACCGCCCACUCUCCUCAACUUUGCGCAUACUUUCGCUACGGACGUCGAAAAUACGUACGGGUCGAGAGCGUCGGUCAUCACCGCCCAUUCCGCACUCUCGACGGGCAUUUUCUUGACUGUCGCCCCCACAAACCUCACCUUGGCCGAUGGAUCUCCCUCAACAGAAUCGUACACCAUAUCGUCUUCGUCAAAACUCGUCUCCGUCAGCGGUGCGUCACCGCUGGCCGUCUUUUGGGCUACACGCACGAUACUGCAAACCGCCGUGUUGAACGAUGGGAUCUUCCCCGCCGGCGAUGUUCUGGAUGGACCGGAUUAUGCUAUACGGGGUCACAUGUUGGAUGUAGGGCGUCAUUGGUACUCAGCGGGGUAUCUCACUGAGAUCUGUUCUUACCUGAGCUACUUCAAAAUGAACGAGUUUCACCUGCAUCUCAGUGACAACGCAAACCCCAGCGAGUGCGUGUUCCGUUCUCCCACAAAAUGGCUCGAAUAUUACGCCCGAUUCCGCCUUUACUCGGACAACCCCGCCUUUGCCGGUCUUGCAUUGAAGAACGAAUCGUACGAUCGUCAGACGUUUGACAAGCUGCAACAAGAUUGCGCGGCUCGUGGGGUGACGAUUAUCCCGGAAAUUGAAGCACCAGGGCAUUCGGUACGUUUGGCUCGACAUCUCCCAUACUGGGACACCUCCGGAAGAUGGCCUACGCUGUUGAACCUGACGAUUCCGGCGUCCACGUCCAUCGUCGAGGACAUCUGGACGGAAUUUCUUCCCUGGUUCCACUCUACAGAGGUCUCUAUCGGAGCAGACGAGUAUCCUUCCGACCUUGCGAACGAGUACGUCACGUUCGUGAAUGCGUUGGACGAUCAUAUCCGUUCUACGUCACACAAAGCGAUUCGCGCUUGGGGUACGAAAGAGCCGUCGACGACCAUGAGCAUCUCGAAGGACGUGACUAUCCAGCAUUGGGCCCUCUUCGACGACGACCCGGUUGAGGUGGUCAACGACGGAUACCCGAUCAUCAACAGCCAGGACUGGGUCUUUUACGUGGUGAUCAAAUACAGUACAUCGUACCCGCCGCCUGCGAAUAUCACCAGGUUCUUCAACUUUGGCCAACCGUCGACCGGGCUCACCUGGAACGCGUCUCUGUUCAACUAUACCGACGCGGCCCACAACCCGUCGCCCUCGACUCCCCUUCUUCGCGGAGCCAUCGCCCCGGUGUGGAACGACAACGGGCCUGCCGCAUCGACUGACCUCGAGCACUACUACGAGACCAGGGAGCUCAUCCCCGUCUCUGCAGCGUUGUCAUGGGGCGCGCAUGGCUUGACCCAGGAGGUCUUCGAGGGGACCGUGAGCAACUUCUUCACUACGGCGCCGGCGCAAAACCUGGCGAGGGUGGUGAAGAGCGAAGGUCCCACGAUUUUGCAGUACGACUUUGUUUCUGGAAGUCUCGAGGACAAGAGCGGGAACGGGUACAAUGCGCAGAUCGGUGGCCACGGGGCCCACUUCACGGAUCAGGGCCUGGUGUUGACGCCGAGUUCGUCGCUCGAGACGCCACUGGGCUCGAAGGGUCUCAACCACACGUACACGAUCUCGCUGGCACUGUCGAAGCAUGCGACCGUGAGGGUGAGCGGGCCGGACACCGUGCUGACCCUUCGGGACGGUCAGGCGCCUACGAUGCGCGCCUCGAACGGCUUCGAUUACCCGCUGCGGGAUCUGGCCACCAACGCGACGCUGCCCGUCGGUCUCACGAAAGGCACGACGAUCACGUUCGCGACCACCGAGCUGGCGGGGACGGAAGCGUGGCAGGACGGACGCAAGAUCGGCGCCUUCAACACGCCGCUCAGCCACUUUUUGAACGCGACGUACUAUGCGUGA